ACUAGAAGCUUCACUCAUAGGGUCUAUUGUCUUGGCCGUAGGUCCUACUAGUUUUCCAUCCGAGGCUAAUACCGAAGCCUACCGACGUAUUCGAGGAUCGAGGCUGUGGUCUGAAAGUCUUCAUUGGCGAAAGGCGAAUCUGGGUUUUCCCCAUUUCCAGAAUCAGAAGGCAUCGAUCGAACUUACGAGGUAUCGAAGCCCAAGAACGAGAUUUCUGGCGAAAACUCUGUCAAUUCUUCUACAGGGAACUUUGAUAAACGAUCAAUUGUUUAAUCGGUUUGGUGAAGGUUCAAUGGCGAUUCCUUCUGAGCAAGCCACUAGCAUCUGCUCUCACUGUGACAGAGCUAUUCCUUCUCCAAAUAUUGAUUUACAUUAUGCACAUUGCUUCCGGAACCUGCAAAGAUGCAAAGUAUGUGGAGAUAUGGUUCCGAAAAAGCAUGCUGAGGAGCAUUACUUAAAUACCCAUGCUCCGGUUCCUUGCUCACUAUGCAGUGAGACGGUAGAUCGUGAAAUUUUAGCAGUCCAUAGAGGUGAAAACUGCCCUCAAAGGAUUGUCACUUGUGAAUACUGCGAGUUUCCAUUGCCUGCAGUGGAUCUCUUCAAGCAUCAGGAAGUAUGUGGGAAUCGAACUGAGUUAUGUCAUCACUGUAGGAGAUAUAUUAGGCUGCGUGAAGGUCAUGACCAUGAAAGCAGGUGUCCUGGUAGUCCAGAUAUUGCUGCAGGGCCUUCCAGGGACACAUCCCCAAGUGCACCUGAAAGAGAGCAAGGUGCUCACAGAAGGCUACCACAGGAUAUUUCACGGAGACGUCUAUUGUUUACAAUUGCAAUAACAGGGAUUGCGGUUCUACUUGGUUCAUUUUUCUUCCAGAGAAAAGCUGAAAACCAUCAACUUCAGUAAUCCGUUGGAAGGGUAUGGAUUCUUGUAAGUGACAUAUUCUGUUUAUAGAGUCUAAUGGUUCUAAAGUGUUCAAUCGAGUGGAGCCUCUCGAGAUUAUGUAAUAUUGUAAUGUGUUAACACAUAUAUGUUUAUAUGGAUUCACAAGUGAGAUGAGAUCCACUUAAUCUGCA